AUGGGCGGCGCGUGCUCUCGUCGACUCCGCUCCAGCUCCAGCGGCUACGGCGGCGGCUCCACCAGCGCCGGCGGCAGCGGCGGCGGAAGGGGAGGGAUGGAGGGAGGCUCCAUCCGGGGGAGUUUGAGCGCGGAGGGCAGAUUUGCGAGCGAGCGGCGGCACCUGCACCACUGCCACCAGCACUGCCAAGGGCCGCGGUUCCACUGCGACGGACAGGAGGCCCACGUGGAUUGGGACGUUGCUGACGAUGCGUGCGACGGGGACGAGUGCAGCGAGGAGCUUCCGUGGUCCACGGCGUCGAUCCCCGUUGCCACGCUGAGCCAACGGUCGUUGUCAGGGGGGAGAAUGGGCAGCGCGAACAGCCAGGGCAGGGUUACUAGUGGAAGCAGAGGGUCACCCUGUGAGUCGACUUUCAACUCAAGCUAUCCACCAUCCAAGCUGGCGUGCCUCUCCCCACAUGUGCUGCAAUCUCUGCUCCACGUGCUCGUGCACGUCAGGGAGCUCUCCCUGCCGCUCCUGCACGCACUGCCCGCGCCACUCCUUGAGUCCCUGCCGCUCGCUCAUUACCCCAACCUCAACGAUCGCUGGCUGGAGCUGCUGUCACCUCACGCACCCACACUGCUCUCCGUCGACCUCUCCUUUGCUGCUGCUGUCACCGAUGCUGGCAUUCAGAAGCUGCUGCUUGGUUCCCCUCCUGCUCUUCCUGCUGCAACCAGUAAUGCUGCUUCGGUUACUGAUGCUUUUGUCACUAGUGCUGCUGGCAAGAAUUUGGCGGUAGACAAUGCUGCUACCGUCUACGCCGUUGCUCCUUGCUGUGAUGCCAGCACUUGCAAUGGUCACGACAGCACCACCACCCCUCCCUUCUGCUCUCCCCUCACCUCCCCCCUCGCCUCCCCUCGCACUCCUCCUCUCUCCCCCUCUCCUCACACCCCCGCCUCCAUCGCCAUUGCCCUUCCUUCCACCCACCCCCUCCCCUCCUCCUCGUCCUCCCACCCUCUCUCUUCCACCCCAACCUCCACACUCGUCGCUCCAUCCCCAUCCCCGCUCUCAGCCUCCCCCUCCUCCCCCCCUAUGGGAUUAACCACGCCCCAGGGCCGAAACCUGUCCUCCCCCACUCUGUCCAACAUCCGCCUUUUAAGCAGCCCCGCUUCCAGCAAUAGCUCCCAAGAAGAUCUGUCAGACGGAAAUUCAUCGGAAGGAGUGUUUUUGGAGUUGAGUCUUGGGGAAGAGGAGGGAGAAGAGAGGGAGGAGAGGAGGGUUGGAGAGGAGGACGAUGAAGAAAGGAGCGAGAGGGAAGAGAGGGAUGAAAGGGAGAGGAGGGAUUGUGAGGAGAGGAGGAAUUUAAGGGAGAGUGAGAUUCGCAUGCGUCUGCUAGCAGCAAGGAUGGAGAGGGAGAGGCAUGGGGAUGCCUUGUGCAGCAGAAAACGGCAGAGGGGGGCGGGAGCAUCAGCUACAGCUGCUGCUACAGCCACAGUUGCGGCCACAGCAGCAGCUGCAGCUGCUGCUACAACCGGGGUUGCAUCGCUGGGUAGAGCUGCCGCGCCACUGCAUGCGUCCCACCUGCGCUCGCUGUGCCUUGAUUGGUGCAUCCAGAUCACUGACGACUCCCUGGCUCCCCUAGCUGUAUGCCACCACCUUGCCUCUCUCAGCACACGUGGCUGUAACCGCCUGUCUGCUGCUGCUCUCACGCACGUCAGCCACCUGCCCUCCCUCACGCGCCUGAACCUGGAGAUGUGCGGAUUGCUGAAGGGGGGGAUGCGCCACCUUACAGGGCUUUCCUCCCUCCGCGCCCUCAACGUGGGUUGGUGCACGUCGCUGGACGACGACGACAUGGCAGACAUAGCCCGCCUCUCCUCGCUACACUCCCUCAACAUCUCCCGCUGCAAGAUCACCGACCUGGGCCUCACGGCUCUGCUGCAAGCUCUCUCCUCCCUGACCAGUUUCAGCAUGGCGGGCUGUCAGCAUGUGACGGACACAGCCUUCUCCCUCAUCUCUGGCGUUCACGGAUUGACUGAGCUCAACGUCGAGUGGUGUGCGCUCCUCACUAACACGAGCCUCAAGCACCUGCAAGCUCUCACACGUCUCACGUCGCUCAACCUGGCCUACACCCGCUUUGGCGUCAUCGACACACCCCGCAACAGAAGCAUGCAGAGCGCUCCUUCCUUCAUCUCCUCGCUGCGCUCUCUCCGCCACCUCAACCUCGACUCAUCACGCGUCAACGACCUCGCCAUGGCAGAGCUUGCAGGUCUGACUGCCCUGGAGAGUCUUGAUCUAUCAGACUCCACAGUGGGUGAUGCAGGGAUUCGCAGUGUCUCUGCCAUGACUCGUCUCUCCACCCUCAACUUGAGCUACUGCAAUGUCACUGACGGGGGUGUGGCCAGCAUCGCCCACCUCUCCGCCCUCACCUCCCUCUCUCUUGACACUCGCUCCAUCACUGAUGCUGGGCUGAAACGCAUGUCAGCCCUGACCAACCUCACGAGUCUAGACCUGUUUGGAGCACGGGUGACGGACGAGGGCAUGGCAGUGGUCAAGGGCUUCAAGAAGCUUCAGGCGCUGGAGGUGUGUGGGGGCGGCAUUACGGACAAGGGAGUGAAGGAACUCGCCUCUCUGCCUCGACUGGCGUCCCUCAACGUCUCUCAGAACCAGCGCAUCACUGACGCUGGUGUCAAGGCUCUGGCAGCACUCACCACUCUCGAAACCCUCAACCUCUCGGGAUCAGGAGUAACCCGCAACGGCCUCUGCCACCUCCUCACCCUCUCCCGCCUCACCUCCCUCUCCCUGCACGGCUGCAAGGUGCACAGAGCGCACCUCAACCACCUGCUCGUCUCCCCUCUCUGUGACUGGGACCCGAGCCUCACUGUCACAGGCGUUAACUGA